AUGCCUGGAAAGAUCAGCCAAAAUAUAAUUUCACCAAAGUUGUCUCUGGCAAUCAAUUGUCUACUGUGGCUGUCGAGAGCCCCUGAAGUUUCUUGUAACACCGGUGAGCUCGCCUCACGACAAGUCUAUACCGACUCCGAGCUGAAUGCCACGCAGGGACCAAUCUUCAGCUUGGAAAAUUUCCACGGAUCUUCACCCCAUGGCUUAGAGAAGCGAAAAAAUAAGAACAAGAACAAGAACAAGAACAAGAAGAACGUCCCCAAGAAGACCAAGACCGAGAACAAUUUUUUGGCACAAGACGAUAAACCCCCUCCCAAUGGUGGCGAUCCAAAAGACCCACAAAAUUCUCAGGAUUUGAGUCCACUCGCCGUUCAAGAAGCAAGCAAGCACGAUGGCAAGGAAAAGCCAGAACAAGCCCCUUCAUUGACUAGCCCGAACAACUUUAUCAACUUUUGCAUUUCGGGUGCUGGGAAGUUGGGUAAUGCCGUAAUUCAGAACGGAGCACAAACAAAGAAGGUAAAUGCAUGCAAUGGAAUACCCAUGGGAAUGAUUCCAGCUCCAGACAAAACACCAAGUCUUAGGUUCUUCAGUCCAAAAAACCUGGACACGGUUCCAGCUAAGAAAACUUUCACCGUAUCCAUAAGCGUCAAGAAUCUAGAGGCCGGUCAUUUCACAGCUCCUCUAGAAACUUACUUUGCCGCCCCUAUAACUCUUAAUGAAGCAGCAGUCGUGAUUGGACAUACCCACAUUGUAGCUCAGCGUGUAGAGAGCCUGACUUCAACCGCCCUCCUGGACCCUCGCGAAUUUAAAUUUUUCAAAGGAAUAGACAGUCCAGUCGAUAAAGAGGGAAAAUUGCACGCUGAAGUGAAGGAUGGAUUGGAAAAGGGUGUCUAUAGGUUCUCUACCAUGACUGCGAGUUCAAAUCAUCAACCAAUUGCAGUGGCCGUCGCUCAACACGAUAGUAUGGACGAUGUGAUUUACAUCACUGUGAAUUGA